UUUUAGCACAUUCGGAGCACGGACAUGACACUAACUUUACAAUGUUUCAUUACAUUACUGUGUUUUGUUUUUUGUAUUUAGACUAUGUCCGUUGUGGUAUAGUGAAUAAUCGAUUACUGUUUAAUGUCGACACAAAAGUGACCUUUUCGCCGCCAACUCCCGCGGAAUAUUUCGGAUAUUCGGUGUUUUUGACAGAUACUGAUAAUAAAUUGAUCGUGGGCGCUCCAAAAGCUAACAGUACAGGCAGCCCUAUCGUGAAGUCUGGACAAGUGUUCACAUGCUCCAUACAGAAUGAUCCAUCAUCACACAACUCGACCUGUAAACAAUUGAAUCCGCGCAAUGAUAGAGGAUUCGGUUCGAGCACGUUUUUGAGAAAGGAUAUGUUAUUUGGAGCAACAGUCGGUGCCAUAAAGAACAAAAUAAUAUUUGCCUGUGCUCCAUCGUGGGCUGAGCCAUACAGGGACACCCAUCUCUUGACAAUCGGCGCUUGCUACGUGUUCACCACAACUAGAAGAAAUCAGGUCCUUAAGCCAUUGGGAGGGAAAGAGAAACAAGCUAUAACCUCCCCUGGCUCCAGGAAGGUGUAUGAAGAUUAUGGUGGGAAAUAUUUGAACUAUUACGCGUACGGUCUGGCCGGGCUAUCGAUGAAGGUGACUGACGACAGCAACGUCCUGCUUGGAGCACCGGGCAUCUUGCAGAAUACUGGAGGAAUAGUCGAUUACUACAUUUUGGAGAGGGGACCCACUAUCAGAAAGCAGCCGAUAGCGAACCCAUACUUCACUGAUGAUUUGGGUCCUGACGACUAUUUUGGGUACAGCGUGGACUCGGCCAUGUUUGAACCGCACGGCAGAUUCCUGCAAGUGGGAGGGGCGCCGAGAUCCCAGAUGGGAUUGGGACAAGUGUUGAUUAUUGAACCAGUGAUAACAGAGUCCAACCCUAUCAAGAUCAAGGCUAAGCUCGUGGGUCCACAAGUGGGAUCCUAUUUUGGAGCAACGCUAUGCUGUGUGGAUAUAAAUGGUGACGACAGAAUCGACCUCCUGGUUGGCGCGCCUAAUUAUGUAAAACAAAACGGUGGAUUCAAAUAUGACCAGGGCGCUGUUUUCAGUUACCUCAACCGUGAAAAGAACUCCACAUUUAAUCUAGAGGAAUCUACACACGUGUUGGGAAACGAAGCAAGCAAAGCAAGGUUUGGGAGCGCUAUAGCCAGUCUCGGCGACAUCGACGGUGACGGGUUUAACGAUGUGGCAAUAGGAGCUCCUUGGGAAGAUUCCGGAGUGGUGUACAUAUACCAGGGGAGCAAAGAAGGGUUGAAACGAAACUACAUCCAGAGAAUCACUGCAGAGGGGUCGAGUGGUUUCGGCAUUUCAAUAUCUAAAGGGCAUAUCGACAAUAAUUAUUGUAAUGAUGUGGCUAUAGGAGCAUACGCCAGCGGAACAGCGUACCUUUAUAAGUGUACCCCCACUAUCAAAGUGGAGGCAUCCAUCAAAAUGCAAGACAUAGCGGAUUUACCAGAGAAUCCCACAAACUUCACGGCUUACUUUUGUCUGUCAGUUCGUCCACAAGUUAACCAUCACGCCAAGUUAGAUAUUCAAGCAAUAAAAACAAUAGAUCCAGAUCUAAAAAGGGCCUCUAUUUUAGAAGACACCAGCAAUAUAAUCACCCUCUCACCUGGUAAAGAAAUGUGUGAUGAACACGUAGUAAUGGUCAACGUGACAUCAGACCUGACAAAACCGAUCCCAAUUUCUUAUGAGCUGAAGUUAGUGACGUCACAAGAUACCGCACGCCUCGCCGAAGAUUCAGUUUUACAAGCUUCAUCACUGUUUCAAAUGAUGUAUGAUUGCGGCAAAGAUAUGAUUUGUACACCACUUCUUAAUUUGACUCUCGAACCUUUCAAUUCACCAUACGUCCCGGGGUCAGACCAGAAACUAGGAGUUAAAGUGACUAUAACCAACCAUGAAGAACCAGCGUAUGGAAUUAAGUUCAACCUCACACUGCCACAAGCCCCUAAAAGGGUCCCCACAUCCUGUAUUCUGCAUGACUUCAACAUGACCUGUAGCCUCCCAGCCUUGUUUAGGAGAAACGAUACAGCCAUAUUUGAUAUUGAAUUGGAAUAUGAAUAUAUAAGUACAUAUACCGACAUGGUUGUAACCGUGGAGAUGAUUUAUGGCAGUAAUGUCACUGUCAAAGAAUUGCUUCUGAAAGUGCAUCCUGUAGCCAAUAUUAGUGUAACCGGAAAGGCCCUACCAAACAUGACGGUGCAGGUAUCCAGAGAUACACUAUACGGCGCAGGAAACGUAUCAUUUGUUCAUUAUUAUCAGAUAAGCAAUUUUGGCCCAUCUAAUUGGUUCAACUUGAAAGCAGUGUUGCGCAGGCCUGACAAGAUAAACUUAUCAAGUCCGGUGGCUGGAUGCGCAGAAAGACAGGCCAGCCCAUACAUGGAUUGUCAGUGGAAUAUACGAGCAAAACACACGAUAUCCGUGGUGGUGCCGCUACGCAUUGAUUUACACAUUUUUGGUGAUUUCCUACUCGAAAACGUGACAUAUAAUGCUACUUCCGAAAUGCAUAUUCUGUCCUUCGAAAAGUUUUCGUCGGUGAGAACCACACUAGUUCUCGACCCGGCUCCGCCUCUCUGGCCUUUGAUAGUAGCAGUUGUUAGCGGAAUACUUCUGCUGGCUCUCAUCAUGUUUGUGCUGUAUAAGUUCGGCUUCUUCUCAAGACCACAAAAAGAAGAUUUGAAACGCCUUCUUGAAGACAAAAAUACAGAACAGGAGCAAAGCCUUUCAGACCUUGUCAAUACGUCCGCUCUCGAAGGCAGUUCGGCAUCGACUGCGGGAACCGCAGCGGAGUGCGGCGCGUGCGCAUUCACAGAUGGCCAAGACGACUCAACGCAGUUCGACGCGUCAACUCUCGAGUUUGACGCAUCCACGUUUGAGUUGAACGCUAGUCAGGAGUUAAUAGAACUGGAUACUGAUUAAGAAAAAUUACAUUAUAUUAUUCUUUAGUUUUAAUUAACUUGAAUACCAAAGAGAAUUUUUUUAGUUAUUUAAUUUUAUGUAGUACUUAAUUUUAAGAAAACAAACUACGCUUAUAUCCCGUAUGUAACACAAGUAUUAUAUAGUCAAUAUCGUUAUUCCUAUAUGAUUAAAAUUAUUUUCAUUAUUAGUUAAUUUUAUGGCAUUCCAAGCAAAAGGGAACAAACUACUGAUAGAUUCAAUUUUCCGAGAUAUUUGUGAUUUUGUGGAAAGAAGGUAGAAAAUUGGCAUUUUGCGAUUUUAAUUAUUUUAAUACGACAUGCAAGGGGCUACGUUUUCAUGCAAUAAAUGUCUCUAUCGUGUACACAACGUGAGAAAAUUACAAUUGUAUGUUUAGUAACUAGAACACUAGCUGUUACAGUUUAAACUAAACAAUUUGAUGUUUGUAAGUGUGAAUUUUGACUUUUGUUUUUUACAAUAUAAAGGCAUUAUUUAAUAAGUAAUAAACAAAUAGAAUAUCCA